GAACUUAAAAACGAAGUAAAUAUCUUAUUAAACUAUUAUAAGUCAAUUUUAAAGUUACAUUAUAUCAUUACUGUUAAUAAUUGUAAAUAUAUACGGGGGAAAGUUAUAGUGUUGAUUGUUAUGAGUGAAUAAUAAAUAGUUUUUGAGUAACGUUGGCUGGCAUAGAAAGGAUUGUAAAUUUUAGAGUUCUUGAAGUUUCCAUGCUUUUCUACGCGGGAUGGACGAUUUCCAGCAGCCUAGUACUUCAAAGUGUGGCCAGUAGAGCCACCAGCGGCAGAGCCUGUGGCCCUGAAUCAUGACGCGAUAUGGAGAUAUCAGGUCGAACUCGAGCGCGGAGCAGGCCUUCGAGCUGACGGCGGGAGCGGGCGACGCCGGUACGCCGCCGUGCGCAGAGACAGCCGGCGCGAUGCUCACCGUGCCGUCACAGGCGCAUCUCGAGAACCACCAAAACUCGCGCAAGAGAAAGACUGAAUUCUCGGAGGCUUAUGAGAUGCCCAGCUGCGACAUCACUAUAUCUGCACCUUCAAUUUCCGAACUGCAACCAGAGAGUGUCACCAGGAAGAGGAGAGUUUCACCUUGUGCGACCAACAGUACUUACGACGAUGAUGGCAGUGACGACACGCGGUCCAAUCGCACUUUGCCUGACAAGAAACAAAACCAUAGCGAGAUCGAGAAACGAAGACGCGAUAAAAUGAACACUUAUAUAUCGGAAUUGAGUUCAAUGGUGCCCAUGUGUGGCGCAAUGGCCCGCAAGUUAGACAAGUUGACUGUACUCCGUAUGGCUGUCCAGUACUUAAGAUCAGUACGCGGUGCACUUUCCGCGGGACCAUUGACAGUCAGACCGCGUCCCGCUUUUCUCUCAGAACAAGAAUUGAACGCUCUAGUACUCCACGCGGCUAGGGAUUGCUUCUUGAUGGUCGUUGGUUGCGAUCGUGGGAGGCUGCUUUAUGUGAGCGCCUCAGUUACGACUAUCUUGCAUUACGAUCAGUCCGAGCUACUGGGCCAGAGUCUCUUCGACAUCUUGCAUCCGAAGGACGUCGCUAAAGUAAAGGAGCAGCUCUCGUCCUCUGACCUAAGUCCCAGGGAACGACUGAUUGAUGCCAAGACAAUGUUACCAGUAAAAGCGGAUAUGGUAGCUGGGGCUUCACGUCUAUGUCCUGGCGCUCGACGUUCCUUUUUCUGCCGUAUAAAGUGCCGCAACCCAGCCAAUCGCCAACAGCCGAACCAAGUUAAAGAAGAAGGCGAAACCAACGACAAAAUGAGGAAGAAACAAGAGAAAAAGUACUGCGUCGUGCAGUGCACGGGUUAUCUUAAGUCGUGGGCUCCAGCAGAAAUGUCGGAAUCUGGGGCGGACGGCAAUCCAGAUGAUGGCGAUGCUUGCAACUUGUCCUGUCUUGUUGCUGUUGGUCGAGCGUUAACCGAUCUAACGCCUCACACGCCUCCCGCGCCCUUUACUCGCUACGUGCAGUAUAUAUCGCGACACGCUACCGACGGGAAGUUUCUGUUCGUUGAUCAAAGGGUGACAUUGGCUUUAGGUUUUCUGCCUCAAGAGCUGCUAGGCACAAGUCUAUAUGAAUACAUUAGCGCAGCAGAACUUGGUGCUGUCGCUCGUACGCAUAAAUCCGCACUUCUAAGGCGUGACGCUUUAAGUACCCCGCCGUAUUGUUUCCGGCGUAAAGAUGGCACAUAUGCGCGAAUACAGACUGAAUUCAAACCUUUCAGGAAUCCGUGGACAAAGGACGUCGAAUGCCUCGUCGCUAACAACACUUUGGUGACGGAAGAACAAGAGCAACCACUACUAGAGGACUGUAACUUAUUCGACAUAUACAAGCACAGCGAGCCAUUUUGGGACCAACUUCAUAGUGCGCUUUCAGAAACCGAUGUCGAAAUGCAGAGGUUGAUCGACUCUCAGAUCGAAUCUCACAAAAUAGGCUCGACAAUAGCCGAAGAAGCGCUCGGAAGACCGCCCUCAGACUAUUCUCCUGAGCUUCCAGGAGAUAUUUUGCAGGAUACAGUUUUUAAUACGCAGGGUUCGGUGGGCGAUAACUAUCUCGGCGUCGAUAUGGCCUACAACAACCAAGUUCGGAACAACGUCCCCCUUAGCUCCGUCGGCGCUGAAGGAUCACCCAUACCAGAUAUUAAUGGCUAUUCCUCUACGUCCAGUCCUCCGUCAAUAUCCCCACCAAUCUCAACUCUGGGUCUUGAUGGUAAUGGAGAAGCAGCUAUGGCUGUCAUAAUGAGUCUACUAGAAGCCGAUGCUGGUCUCGGUGGACCUGUCAAUUUCUCCACUAUACCUUGGCCGUUACCUUAAACAAACACUCUUUUCUAUUCGAACGGUAAUAUUUUGUUUCAAAUUUAAUCAUUAAAUCUGCUUGUCUUUAUCUAUUCCUAAUGUACAACAAGCCUUAACCAAUCAUAUCACGUUAAUUUCUUCGUCUAUUUAUAGUUUACUUAAAGUUAUCACUUAUCUCCAGUUUCAGAAACAUCGAUCAUAGUCGGAUUAAUUCAUUUCACUUUAAUCUGAGCGGUCUGAGGUAACGUUGACGCAAUUGGCGACCAAUGAGGGCCUAGUCACGUUCAUUUAUUUGGUUUUGCUCAGAAUUUCAGAAAUUAGCGGUUAGUCUUUAAAGUAAUAUUAAGACGACCAAAUAUUUUAUUUGUUAAGGCCAUUUUGCACUUCGCAUACCCGAUAUACAUAUAUUCUUUUAAACUUUCUAUAAAGUAAAUUUAAUAAAACGUAAAAAUAAAAAAUAAUUGCAGAAUGAGUAUUUGUAAAUUUUUCUUAAAUUAAAUAAUUUAUUUGUAACGGUUAUGCGAUGUGCUAUUAUUUUUUAAAUCGUUAUAUACAUAUAUAUAUAUAUAUAAAUAUAUAUAUAUAUAUAUAUAUAUUUUAAGUUAACUUUUUUGGAUAUUCGUAACUGUUAAUUAGUUAUUACAAAAUUGACAUCUUUGAACAGAUUAUUUAUAGUUAUCUAUUCUAUAUACAAUGUAUUUCUAUACACAAAUAUUUUUUCUCUCUCCUAAGACUUAUCCAAGCUUUACGAGUAAGUAAGAAGUCCAAAUUUAAAAUUUAAAACAAAACUCUUCAUAUACCUACUAUUUACGAUAAUUUUUAAACUAUGUAAUGGGAAUACCACUAUAUUUUUGACUCUUUUUUAUUUUAUGCUCAUAAAAGAAUGAGCUUAAAAUCUUUUCUAAAACGAAAACAAAAAAUACAAAAAAAUGUACUUCUAAAUUUAAAAAAAUAAAUUAUGUCCCUUAAUCUAAUUAUUAUUUACAUAAAUAUGCUUAUUGAUACAAACACUAUGAUGUUAUGAUUUUAAUUUUUAAUUAUAGCAAACUUUAAUUAUUACAUGCUAAUAAAACGUCCAAUGUAAUAAUUAAUUGUUAUAUUUUAAACUUCUGUGAUUUAUAUCCGGUACUAGGUCUCGAUACAUGUGUAUUUAAUAUUUCUAUUUUAUAUUACAUUAUUUCGUAACAUAAAAAAUCUAUAUAUAUUAUACUUUGCUAAAUAUUUUAGUUUCUACAUUUUGAGAAAUGACUCGACCAAGAUUUUUAGAUAACUGACUCGCAAUGUAUAUUUACUUACAUAUUUUCUUUGCCAAAUUGUAACUAAAGCUUUAAUAAAAAUAUACAUAAUAUAAAUAAAUUACAUUGAAAUUCAAAAACAAUUACAAACAAUAUUUAUAC